AUGUUAGGUGAAUCUUUUCAAAUAGUACACUUUCUAUGUAUUGCUUUCCCUAUUAUAGAAGAAUCCACAACUACCGGUGCCACAGUAGCUUCAACAAUAAUUACUACAGGUACAACUGGUACGACAGUCAUUACAACAACAGCCCCAUGUCCUACUGGAUAUGUUCGAACACCAUCGGGCUCAUGUGUCAAUCUUUUGAUCGAUUUCAAUAAUUGUGGUUCAAUUGGUUACGUAUGUGCUUCAACAUAUACAAGUUGUUCGAAUGGCGCUUGUAGUGGUGCUCCUGCUGUACAACUUACAGGUGCUGUUGCUGUUUCUGGUUGGGGUGGUACAACUUCCAUUGAUGAUGCAUAUUUAACCCUCAGUCUGCCUUUCAGCAUAUCAUUGUAUGGAUAUUCUACGCCGAGUGCAUCGGUUCAAAGUAAUGGCUGUGUCUGUCUUGGAGGUUGUUCUUCUGCAUACUCAAACACAGCUUUACCAAGUAGUAGUUUCAGCGGACCAACAGUUUUUGGUCUUUGGGAUGAUCUUUAUAUAUAUGCAGGCACAUCUCAAACCGUCUACUAUGCUGCAACAGGCACAUAUCCUAAUCGAAGUUUAGUCUUCGAGUUUUACACAGCUCAUUUUAGCUCGUCAACCCGAUAUUUUCACUUUCAAAUUGUAUUCUACGAAGCUUCACCCUAUAUUGUUAGCUAUUUGUAUUAUCAAGCGUCUGAUGGAGGUGCUUCAGCUACAAUUGGUGUUCAGAGUUCUGGAAAUGGGCCAAGUAUAACAUAUUCUGUCAAUUUGGCAACUGUUCCAUAUGGUACAUCAACAACAAAUACUCCAACAUUAAUACUGACAUUUGAUACAAAUAAUGGUCUUGACAUUUAUGAUGAAGAUUGUAGAAGAAAUGGAGUUGGUCAUAGAACAAUCAAGGGCCCUCCAUUAGAAGUUCUUCUCAAUAUAUGCCCUCAACCUCCUUAUAUUAAAGAUAUGUCAGAUAAUCCAUCUAAUAAUUGGAUAUUUAUGAUCAAACCAUUUAAAUAUAAUGCAUCUAAUCCUAAUCGUGAACCUGUACCAAUCAAUGAGGAUAAUCGUUAUAUUGAUGCAUGGAAUGAACAUCAUGUUCGUAUGCCAUGUUCAAUAUCUUAUACUACAAAAGAUGGACAUUUACGAUGGCCUAUCAUUUGUCAAUUAUUAUGUUAUCUUAAACGAAAAUGUGAUAAUCAUACAGCAACUGUAGAAGAUUUAAAAAGAACAAUUGAAAAUUGUGCUGAACGUCAUUAUAAUAUGGAUUGUCUCGAACAUCUCAUUAAUGAAAUUUAUUCAAAUGAACAACGUUUAUAUUUCAUGUCUAUUGUUCUUUCAAAUCUUUGUUCACUUGUAUUGAAUGUCGAUCUUAUAUGUAGUCGACCACCACCUUUAUUACGUAUUAAAUCAAAACGUGCCGUAACAAUGUCACAACGACAAGCUGCUUCAUUGUUAGCAUGUGCAUUUUUUUGUUUAUUUCCAUAUCGUUCUAGUCCAAAAGUAAAGAAAGAAUAUGAAAGUUUUCAAAAUCCAAAUUUUAAUACAUUAUAUCAACGUGGACCUAUAGAAAAAAUUGAAAAAUUGAAAUGUAUUUUACAUUAUUUUGAACGUAUUACGAGACAAAUGCCUAAUGGUGUAAUUACUUUUCGACGAUAUGAAUUAUCUGAUACAUAUGUACCAAAAUGGUCUAAAUCAACAAAAGGUCUCAUUCCUAUGCAUUUAACAACAGCUCAAAAGAUAGAAGAUAUUGAUUGUGUUUUACAAAUUGAUUUUGCUAAUAGAUAUAUUGGUGGUGGUGUAUUAACUUCGGGCUGUAUUCAAGAAGAGAUAAGAUUUAUUACUUGUCCUGAAAUGCUUCUUAGUUUACUUGUCUGUGAAGCAUUAGAACCGAAUGAAUGUAUCUAUCUAAUUGGUUGUGAACGAUAUUCAUCGUAUAAAGGUUAUUCAAAAACAUUUCAAUAUGAUGGUGAUUAUAUCGAUAACAAACCUAAAGAUAAUUGGGGAAGAAAAUGGUCUCAUCUAGUAGCUAUUGAUGCUGUCUAUUUUCGUGAUAGAUCAGCACAAUACAAUAUGAAAUAUGUAAAACGUGACUUAAUCAAAGCUUUUGCUGGUUUUCAUACUCAAGGACAAACAUCGGAUCAUGCAUUUCCUAUUGCAACUGGAAAUUGGGGUUGUGGUGUAUUCAAUGGUGAUAAACAACUAAAAGCAAUUAUUCAAUUAAUAGCUGCUUCUGAAGCUGUACGUCCAUUGAUAUAUGCAGCUUAUGGUGAUAAGAAUGUAAUCGAAUCCUUCUACAAAGUAUAUGAUUAUUUGAUAGGCCAACGUGCUAAAGUACGAGAUUUAUAUCGUUAUCUUGAUCUAUAUUGUAAUGGACAUAGACGAUGUUCAUUGUUUGAUUUUAUUCUACGGACACCUGUUUCAACACUUGAUUCUUAA